UAACUAAAAGUCUAAUCUGCGUUUAUUUCUGUAGAAAAUUACGCCAUUGAUCUACAGGAAGCUAUGGCCUACACUAGCUCAAAAGAGACAGUCAUACUGAAUAAAUAGAUGGGGUUUUUUAGCUGACGGUAGAGUUUCACAUCACUUUACUACAGAUCGGCCUCACAUUACUUCAUCUGUCAUUUCAUCACUCAACCAGUUUGUCUUUUCAUAUUUGUGGACUGAAACCGCUGAAGAUGUUUGAGAGAUUUUGGUUCUGUUUGUGUUUGUGGCGUCUGGUUGGUGUGUUUGCUGAUUCAGAUGCAGUGAAGUCAGUGUCAGUGAUGGAGGGAGAUUCAGUCUCUCUACAGACUCACACUGAACUACAGACAGAGGAUGAGAUAAUGUGGACAUUUGGACUUUCAGAGACUCGUAUAGCUGAAAUCAAUAAAGACACUGGAAGAUUCUCCACAUAUGAUGCUCUUGAUGGGAGAUUCAGAGACAGACUGAAGCUGGAUCAUCAGACUGGAUCUCUGACCAUCACAAACACCAGAACCACAGACUCUGGACUUUAUGAAGUGGUGAUCAUCAGGAACAGGACAGUGAUCACAUACAGAUUCAAUGUUACUGUCUCUGGUGUGUUUGCUGAUUCAGAUGCAGUGAAGUCAGUGUCAGUGAUGGAGGGAGAUUCAGUCUCUCUACAGACUCACACUGAACUACAGACAGAGGAUGAGAUAAUGUGGACAUUUGGAGAUCCAGAGACUCUUAUAGCUGACAUCGAUACAAAGCAUAGAAUUUUCUCCACAUUUGAUGCUCUUGAUGGGAGAUUCAGAGACAGACUGAAGCUGGAUCAUCAGACUGGAUCUCUGACCAUCACAAACACCAGAACCACAGACUCUGGACUUUAUGAAGUGGUGAUCAUCAGGAACAGGACAGAGAUCUCAUACAGAUUCAAUGUUUCUGUCUCUGACUUUGUCCAUGGUUGUGAUUCUGCUGAAGCUGUGAUCCGAUUGGUCGUCACUGCUCUGGUGGGCGUGGCUGCUGCCGCUGCUGUUGUUGUUCUGGUUUAUGACAUCAGAUCCAGACGAGCUGAACAGGAUGUUUGAUUGCUGAUUUUUAAAUCUUCCUGUAUUCCUCUUCCCUUAAAUACUGAAAUCUGAACUUUGUUUGUUAGUUUGAAUCUCAAUUUGAAUCUUAGUUUGAAUUUCAGCAUUAAAGGGAUAGUUCACCCAAAAAAUUCAAAUGGAUUUUGUUUUUGCUGAAUUUGUUUUAUUAAUAACAGUCCUGUAGAGUUGUGUUAUUCUAAUAUAAUUUAUUGAUUAAAUGUGGGAAAUUGACACUAAAGAUGACGAAUAUAUUAGAUUAGAUUAGAUUCAACUUUAUUGUCAUUACACAAGUACAGGUACAGGGCAACGAAAUGCAGUUUAGGUCUAACCAGAAGUGCAAUAGCAGCAAGUGCAUGAUAUACAGUGGUUGAAUAAGUGCAGGACAAGGAUAUGUACUGAAUAUAUGUAUAAAUAUAUAUAGAAGAUGGUUAUUACUAUAAACAGAAUUUACAGGUGAGUAUGUAUAGUGAAUAAAUAUACAGAUGGCUAUUACUAUAAACAGAAUAUACAGGUGAUAUGUACUAUCAAUAUAAUAUAUAUACAGAUGGUUAUUACUAUAGACAAGGUGUAAAGUGCAGUGGAAAUGAUUGCAUAUUA